AUGUCACCAAUUUCCGCGGUUCAAAGUUUUUCAAAAGUCAAGUUUUCAGAAUUUCAGUUUCUGACCUAUACUUUUUUGUCAAAAAGAAUCCCAAAAGAAGCCAUUUUCAGAUCAUUGGUGAGCAAAAAAAAGAGCCGGUGGCCAGUUUUUUCGGACAGUAUAAAUAGGAAAAAAUUUUGUCUGAAAAAUGGGUUCAUCUACAGUAAUCCUUCCGAAAAAAUGUUCCACGUACAAAUGGAAAUUCACAGUUUCAAUUCGGAUUUGGAUCUCAAGAAAUGUGCAAUGGGCGGUCCGAAAAUGCCAGAAAAAUCUGAAAAUUCGAAUGGAUCUCAAAAAUUGAUGGACCGCGCGUUGGAGGAGAAGCGGAAGGGAUUCAAAAGACAUAAUACUGCUUAUUUGUGA